ACAACACAAGAUUUUUGUGAACUCCCAGCUAAUGAGGUUUUUAUAUUUGCAUAUUCACUACUGUUUCUCAUAAGUCUGGUGCUGAACUGCAUCACCAUGCGGGUGUAUUUCUGCACCAAUCAGCGUAUCCAGUCCAGUGUCACAGUCUACAUGAAGAACCUCGUUGCAGCUGACUUUUUCCUUUGCCUUUGUUUACCUUUGCGCAUUGCUGCGUAUGCUAAUAAUUCAGGGAUGAUAAACAAUAUUUACUGCAGCUUUGGAGCAACAGCACUCUAUAUAAACAUGUAUGCAAGCAUUUUCUUCAUGGACUUUAUUGCUGCAAACAGAUACCUAAAGAUUGUCCGGCCAGUGGAGACUCAUGCUCUACAGACAGUUCGUACCGCCCACUACAUUUCUGCAGGAACUUGGCUGUGCUUGUUAACCAUGGCUUCCAUCUACUUGAUCCUUUUUCUGCAGAACUUCGGGGGUCAAAUGCCUGAUGCGUUUACUUGUGAAUCCCAGAACAGUUCCCAUCUCAGUGUGACCUACAAAAUCAUCCACUGUGUGACCUUUGCAGGCUUCAUUUUUGUCCUGGUAUCUCUGAUUCUUCUAUACUGGAAGACUCACCAAAAGCUCAGACAAGUUCAGUCCUCUUCACGGGUCAGUUCCAGAAGUCAAACAUUUAAAACUGUUGAGCACAACAUGCUAGUGCUAGUGGUCAUUUUCUGUGUGUGCUUUGUUCCAUAUCACCUGGUGAAACUACCAUACAUAUUCAUUGAACCCCUGCUGCACGAUUGUACAGCAGCCCAGCCAUUCUACAUCCUGAAGGAGCUCACCAUCGUGUUAGCAGCACUAAAUGCCUCAUUGGAUCCACUCAUGUACUUUUUCUUUUGCAAGACCUUUAGAUCACAUUUGAAAUGUACUGCAAGGAGUCGCUAA